AUGACUAUCAUUGAUAACAAUAAUUUAGUGUAUGGUAUUGGAACUGAAACCAAGAUGAGGUUUAAUAGAGUUACCCUAAACGAAGCAACCGACGCGGAACUUUAUUGGAGUCGGGUCAUUGUUGAUAACGCCACCACUUGCGCCCAGUUGGUAUUUAUGGAUGAAAUAAAGAAAGCUGGGAACAGUGAGCACGUGUUACAAGAAAAAAACAAUAGCUGUGUGUUUGCUACAACCCUUGAACGAGAUAGGAAACUUCGAAAAAAUGAGGAGAUGCUGAAUUCUGGUAAAGUUAGCCUUGUAUCGUAUAGACCAGUAAGCGACGUUAAGAAAGAUGACUCGGAAUGGAAUAGUGCUGUACUACCUCCACAGUUAUCCACAGCUCUAAAAAUAGAACGCUAUACUGGUUUGGACUUGCUCAAGAAAUCGAUUGAAACUGCCGAGGAACUACUUGUUCAUUGCCCGUCUUCAUGUAAGUUGGAACAAGAUGAAGGAAUGUCUCAUGAACGUCACGUAAUUAAAAAAGAGAAUCAUCCUUUCACUUCGCUGCAACCAUACAGUCAAAAUGCAAAAAUGAAGAUGACUCGGGAAGAGGCUUUGGUUAGUUUGAACAUUGUAACCUUAUCUACGUCACGGGCAAAACAACAAUAUGCCAAGGAGGAGGCAAGGAAAGACACACUAAAUUGCGAGGAUGGAAUGGCUGAAUACGUUCACAACUACGUACAAGAAAUAACAUCAGGGGCAAUGUUACAAUAUUAUUCCAAAAAAGACGAGUCCAUUGCAGAAAAGGCAACAGAUAAUAACGUUACAACUUUCGAAGAGGACAUUGUCAGCCGGGACGUAAUUAAAACUACCAGAGUGUCUGAUUCCCUUGACAAUGGCAAUGUACGUCAUCAUACUAGUGUGCUGUUUGAAUUACCUGAAGUACCAAUCGAUGCUGAAAAAUAUGGCGAUAUUUCCAGCGAAAACACAAGUAAGGUUUCCACUAAACACAAUAAAUACGUGUUUGAUUGUUUGAAGAAGCUAAGCUUCUCUGCAAUCCAACAGACAUGUCACAGCAUUGCUGCAGACGAACUACACCCCCAUAGUACUGGUCACGACAAAUACAUGUGCCAACAUAAGCAUGUCCUCACUCGGGAUGUGGCUGUUCAGACAUCUAGGCGACGGAAUAAGAAAACAUCAACGAAAAUAAAUUCCAGUAAAGACACUAAUGAAUCGCCGCUCAAAAGUGAACACGCAAUCCGUGGUAGAGCCGAUACAAAACUGAAGCACGACGAGGCACACUUGGAGAUCAGAAAAACCUGCAAGGAGGACAAAGUCCAAAUCACACCUGCGCCAAGUGAAACCUCACAACAGGGAGUUAUAAGGAAAACUGGGAAACUAAGAGAAAGAGAAUUAAAGAAAGAACCAAAGACGCGAGAUAAGCCAAAUAAUAACCCAACAAAGCGGAAUGUGUCAAUAUUGCCACUCUUAAAAAGAAGACGCAAGAAUGAAGCAUCUAGACUGGAAACGGUAAAACAAAAAAAUGAGGAAGGAGAUGUCGGUGGAAGCAAGAAGCAGAAAAAUGACAAGGAGGACAAAGUCCAAAUCACACCUGCGCCAAGUGAAACCUCACAACAGGGAGUUAUAAAGAAAACUGGGAAACUAAGAGAAAGAGAAUUAAAGAAAGAACCAAAGACGCGAGAUAAGCCAAAUAAUAACCCAACAAAGCGGAAUGUGUCAAUAUUGUCACUCUUAAAAAGAAGACGCAAGAAUGAAGCAUCUAGACUGGAAACGGUAAAACAAAAAAAUGAGGAAGGAGAUGUCGGUGGAAGCAAGAAGCAGAAAAAUGACAUUAUGGUUGAUAAGUUUGAAGCAUUGAUAUUAGCAGAGAGGCAAAGCAAUAAACCAACCAAACAACGGCAGCUUGGUGCGACAAAGAAAAACACUGAGCCACCGAAACAACGACAGGGUGGAGCGGCAAAACAAACCAAUGAGCAACCCGUGAAACAACGACAAGGUGAAACGGUAAAACAAAAAAAUGAGCCACCCAAACAACGACAAGGUGAAGCGGCAAAACAAACCAACGAGCCAUCCAAACAACGACAGGGUGGAGCGGCAAAACAAACCAACGAGCCAUCCAAACAACGACAGGGUGGGGCGGCAAAACAAACCAACGAGUCACCCGUGAAACAACGACAAGGUGGAACGGCAAAACAAAAAAAUGAGCCACCCAAACAACGACAGAGUGGAGCGGCAAAACAAACCAACGAACCACCCAAAGAUAAAGCAACACCAACUAAGAAGAGAAGUUGGGUGAAAACACUUAAGAAAAAAAUGUCGAGAACAAAAAGUAAAAGUUCGGAGGAAAAUAGCAAGACGUCUUCUACAUCAAAGAAACAUUCAAAACCAGACGAUGCCGAGAGUGAACUUUGA